CGCAGGCUGCCUCGCCCGCCGCCGGUGCAGCCCCUUCCCGCCCCAGCUCCUCCCGCUCGCCGCCCCACCUCCCGCCCGGGAGCCGAGGUGCCGGGCAGCCCAGUGGGCGCCGCAGCAUGAGCGCCGAGUGCAGCAGCUACCUCAACGCCGACAAGGUGCUGGUGAGCGGGUUCAGCUGCCCACGGACGGGCGGCGACGUCCGCGCCGUGUACUGCUGCGGCUUCCAGGACGUCAAGUACUGCUGCGAUGACCCGCACAGCUUCUUCCCCUACGAGCACAGCUACAUGUGGUGGCUCAGUGUUGGAGCACUGGUGGGCCUGUCGAUAGCAGCAGUGGUCCUCUUUGCUUUUAUCAUCACUGUGUGUGUUCUCUGUUAUUUGUUUAUCAGCACGAAGCCGCGCAGCAAACUGGAUACUGGCUUAAGCUUACAGAUGGCAGAUAGUGAGACUAGAGGGAGUUCAAUAUGUUAAACAGAGGCACUGGAUGGAUUCUACCAAUGCUGUAAUGAAAACAGAUCCAGAGCUGCACACUUCACAAAGCCCCCACUGAAACAAGUUGUUGACAAAACCAAGUGGGUUCAAGAGAUUUCCUGGGCCUCAAGGAUGAACUAUGACUGUGAGCUACAAGAACCUGACUUACUCCUCCAGAGGUGUUUCCUGGCUGUUACAACCAUUGUUGAUAACCAGAGGCUGAUCUGAAGCUGUGUCAGGGUUAAUUGUGUAUGGUUUUGAGUGGUAUACUUUGAUUUGCACAUACCAAUUACUGCUGCUCAUCAUUUUCGUGCACAUUUUUGUCUUUACUCUGUGCAAUUUCAGUGAGAUAACACAGUUGUCAAGCAGAGCAGAAUUUGGCACAUCGUGUUGACCAAGCUUUCUUUUAAGCAAUCCCUGUAUGCCAUCUUACUGUGGUGUCUUCAUGUCAUGGAUCUGGUUGUCUGUAGGCAAAUGUGAUUGUUUGCUGCACAGACAUGUGAAGACAGUACCUCAAUAAAAUCUGGCAUUUGUUUGUGUUGUAUUUUUCUUAAUUUAUCAUUUUAUUCCACUUUUAUUUCCUCAGAAGGUUUUCACAGAUCUUAAAAUUACUUUGAUGGAAGAGUUUUCCAAAAGCAAGUGAAGUUAGUAAAAAAAGAAGUUCUAUAGGGAUUUUUGAUUUAAAUAGCUGUUUUCAUAGGAAAUUAUAAACACUGAAAUGAAUUGAAAUAAAAAUCCACAAAUGUUUUGCAGAUUCUACAUCAAAUUAUCUUGGAAUAUUUAUUUUGAUGCAAACUUUAAAAAUUUCCCAGUAGUGUUCCAGGUUGGAACGCUAAUUUGUGAAAUCUUGAACUUUCUUCAGGUAAUCAAAGAGUUCUAAUUGUACAUUUUAUUUCCCCAGAAGUCUUAGGAACAACUAACAUAGUCUUAACUGUCAUAUUUGAGCUUCCACGUCUUUCAAGCUUUCAGGCUCCAAAUCAUUAACAAUAAUGAUAAUUAUUUCUUUUUAUCUUGUGAGGGUUCUUUAAGAUCAGUGAUCAAAAGAAUCUCUAGAAUAAUUAACUGUGCUGUUUAUGUGAAGGCAGUAGAUAGAUUAUCUCCUCCAUUUGCAGAUGAAGCCUAAAGUAUUUACCUACCAUGUCACUUGUGUCUCUGGUUAUAUUUCAGCUUUGAAAGACCAGGUUCUUGUCCGCUCUUUGGGAGUGACAUCUUUGUGCAUGAUAGUGCCUGAGAUUUAAAUUUUUUUACAGCUGUCUGGUGUUAUGCAUCAAAAGGCCCCAAGUGUUUCCAGUCUAAGCUACUCUUAAGUCACAUUACUUGUGUGAAAGAUGCUGAUGCCUCCAGAAGAAACAGAGAAUGUGAUAUAUGUUCUUUCAAUAACUGUUUGCAUAUACUAGCUCACUAAACUGGCAUUUGCUACUGGGGACUUCUAGAGAAUUAAAACCACAUUGGAUGCAUGAAGAAAAUAAAUUUCUAAUAAAGCAUAAACCUGG